UAUUGUAACUAAAUUAUCUACAUUUAGAUCUUAGAACAGUAUAAAAAUUCUUUUUGUUAAAAUGGUUAGCCGUGGCGCAAAAUUUACCGGCAUUUGUAUUGCCAUUUACUUGGUAUAUGCCAUAUUUGUGUUUUUUAUAUUACCCUUCAUGCUGCCGAGUCCAGUAGACAUGGUACGCUCUAUAGUGACAAGACAGACUGCUCAUUUGGGCGAUCUGAGAAACUAUACGUUGGAGACGGGCGGCAAUCCCAAGCGUUCGUUGCUUGUCAUGUACAGGGGCUCAGGUGCCCUCAGUUUGCUGGAUGCAUUGACACGUCAAGCAGGUGGCUAUCAUCAUUUUGCGCCAUUGGUAGCGUAUAAUGAUCGUUUAACGGAAAAGCAGGAUAUAGACCUCGGCUUGGAGCAUUUGGUAUCCCUUUUUAACUGCGAUUAUUCUCACGCAAGGGAUAUGCUUUAUUACGCGAAGAGAACGCCAUUAUACAAACAUUUUUACGGUGUACAGUGGGAGAUAUGCCAGGCCUACUCUAAUGAGGUCUGCUGGAAUCCUGACACCAUGUCCAAGAUCUGCAAGCUCUUUCCAUUCAUCAACAUGUCUGUGUACAAUUUGAGACUUCAGUUUAUUGCCGCAUUGCUAAAGCGCAAGGAUUUGAAUGUCAAUAUUGUGUUACUGAUACGUGAUCCUCGGGAUAUAAUAAACUCGCGUGCCAACCGUGUCUGGUGUAGUCGAAAUGUGAAUUGCACUCAGCCGCAUCAUCUCUGUGAAAAUAUGGUGAUGGAUCACAUGUAUGCCAUGCAUCUGCAAAACGAGUUCCCCCAACGCUUUAGAGUCGUUUACUACGAGGAUAUGGCGCAACAUCCCCAAGCAGCACUUCGAAAAAUCUUUGACUUUUUCGGUUUGCCUAUUGUGUUUACCAAUGACACUCCAUUGUAUUUUGAAGCACCGAACACAUGGACUACCGGAAUGAUAAACAGUCAAGUUCUUGAAGUGGAAAACGCUUGUCGUGAAGCUAUGAAGCUGUGGAAAUACCAGCCUGCUUUUUCUCAGAACGAUGUAUCAGUUGAUGAUACAGCACCGUCGAAGCAAAAGAAACCUUAAAUUUGUAAUUGCAGAAUAAGUUUAGAACAUUUCUUUGUCAUGUAACACCGAAAUUACAAAUGUAUUUAUGCCAUCAAUAUAUGCAAUGUGCUUAAAUGGCACCUUGAACUUGCCGCCAAUCUUGA